UUUAAGCAGCUCAAAAUAUUUUUCAUGCCAAUCCAUACUUCUUUAUACUACUUAUAGAGUAUAAACUUGCCACGGGAAAGAAAAAAAUCAACCUGGGAAUAAGAAAGCUUCAAACUCACAGGGCAAUGCAGUCCUGAGGUGACUUAAGGGAAUAAACAAGAUAAUUUAUUUUCAGCUGGAGCCUGAUAGUUUUAUGAAGUAGAUUAUAAGAUAGUGAGUGAACAAUAGCUGAGCUUGGACUAUGACCCAGGAACUUGCUUCUAGCUCUCUGUUAAUUACUCGUCACUCCAUCUUGGACUGGGGCUGUAGUUCUUACGUUUUUUACCUCAUGCUGCAUUUUCUUUACCCUAGGGCAUCCUGUCUCUCACACUGAACUACCAGCAGAGGAUGGAGAACAUCCUGGCUAGUUUGUGUGGGACCAGCCCAGAAGAUCCUCUCCCUGUGUGGGUUCGGGGCAGCGUUGGCCAUUGCUUUAACCAGCUGACACUAAGUGUGAUUCCUCAUGUGAUCCUUGCAGUGGUCAGUGCCUGCUUCCUUGGCACUCCGAGGUCUGGCUCUGGAGUGCCUUGCAGGCCAAGCUGGAGGUGGAGAAUCGCUGCCUCCUUUGUACUUGCUGGCUUGUUCCUUGCUGACACCAUCCCAGCCACCAUCUCCCAGCAGGAGCUGGGCCCUGUGUACCUGGAAGUGCUGGCCAAUGGCACCGCUGCCCUGACAUGGCUGGUGCAUGGCUUCGCUCUUCUCGUGCUCUGCAGGUCCGUUCACGGCUUUACCAGGGGCCCUGCAGCCCUGGCUCUCCUCACUCUCUUUCCCCUACCUUCCUUCAUCAUCACACUGGUGUGGUACUGCCAGAGUGGCACAGCUUGGACCCCUGCCCACCCCGGUGCCUCCUCCAGGUUCGCCAUUCUCUGUCUGCAGCUGGCCUCCCUGCUUGCCUAUGUGGGCAGCUACCUCUUCCCCGCUGCUGGCAGGCAAGAAUUCCUCUCCAUCAAUCACUCCUGGCAACAGGACCAGCCCAUCUCAGAGCCAGGGAUCCCAGUGCUUGACCAGCAGAGAGUGGCAGAAGAUGGUGAGAGCUGGCUCUCACGCUUCUUUUACACCUGGAUGAACCCCCUUAUGAGGCGUGGCUACCAGCAGAAGCUGAACCAGCCACAGGACGUCUACGUGCUUCCUCGCCAGCUCCGGGCUGCCAGGGUCUGUGACCGGUUCUACUCUUGCUGGCAGAAGAAGGCAGCUCUUCAGCAAGCAGAGGAGGAGACAGUGUCUCUUACCAGCCCAAUCAUUGCUGGAGGUGAUGGCAGUAGUGGUGCUCCAGGGAGCCCACACCACACCCAGGAAGCUGUGCGCCUCUUGUCCGUCCUUCAUGCGGCCUUUGGGCUUCGUUUCUACGCCCUUGGACUUCUCAAGCUGGCUGACAGUCUGCUGAAUUUUUCAGGUCCUCUGCUUCUGAACUUGCUGGUGAACUUCAUGGAGUCACGGCAGGAGCCCCUGAGCCAUGGGGUUCUGUAUGCCCUUGGGCUCUUUGCUGGCUCCUUCCUGGGCUCUGUCUUGCGGAGCCAGUCCAGGUACGAGAUGAACAAGGUGGCGCUGAUGGUGCGGGCCGCCGUCAUCUCCGCCAUCUACCGCAAGGCUCUGCGUGUCAGCAGCACCAGCCUUGCCCGCUUCACUCUGGGGGAAAUUGUCAACUUCAUGAGCACGGACACCAAUAGGUUGGUCAACUUCUGCUACACCUUCCAUGAGUUGUGGAGCCUGCCCGUCCAGCUUGGCAUUACCCUCUACCUCCUGUACCAGCAAGUGGGGAUAGCCUUUCUGGGAGGCGUGGCCCUGGCUCUGCUGCUGGUGCCCAUCAACAAGAUCAUAGCUAACCUCAUCAUGGAGAACAACAAGAAGAUGCUGAAACACAAGGACACACGAGUCAAGCUAAUGACAGAAUUCCUGUAUGGCAUUCGUGUGAUCAAGUUUUAUGCCUGGGAGAAGCACUUCAGCACCAAGAUAAAAUCCUGUCGGGCUAAAGAGCUGCAGAAGUUACGGACCAUCAGUUACCUGGAUGCUUUGUGCGUGUACAUGUGGGCAGCACUCCCUGUUGUUGUCUCCAUUGCCAUCUUUGUCACCUAUGUCCUGUUGGGUCACCAGCUCACUGCCACAAAGGUGUUCACAGCAUUGGCCCUUGUUGGGAUGCUUAUUCUACCCCUCAAUGCCUUCCCAUGGGUGUUGAAUGGGAUCUUGGAGGCCAAAGUUUCCCUGGAUCGAAUCCAGCAAUUCUUUGAACUCGUGGACCAGGACCUGGAAGCUUAUUAUGCCCUAGAUAGCCCUUCAGAUGCUGAUACUGCCAUGGAGAUGCAAUGUGCAGCCUUCUCAUGGGUGCCAGUUCAGGAGGAAAGCACCAGUCAGCCCUCAUCCACAGGCACUCUGCAACUGCACAUCGAGAACCUGUCAGUGAGGAAGGGAAUGCUCCUGGGCGUUGUUGGGAAGGUUGGCUCUGGCAAAAGCUCUCUGCUUGCAGCCAUCACUGGAGAGCUCAUUAAACAAGGUGGACGAGUGUACGUUUGUGACCUGGAGCAAGGAUUUGGUCUGGCCACACAGGAGCCUUGGAUACAGUUUACCACUGUCCGCAAAAACAUCCUUUUUGGGCGGGAAUAUGACGCCAGGCUGUUCAAGGAGGUGCUGGAGGCCUGUGCCCUCUCCGAGGACCUAAAUAUUUUACCAGCAGGUGACCAGACAGAGGUGGGUGAAAAUGGUGUGACACUCAGCGGGGGACAGAAGGCUCGAAUAGCCCUUGCCAGAGCUGUUUACCAGGAGAAAGAACUUUACCUCCUUGAUGAUCCCCUGGCUGCUGUUGAUGCAGAUGUAGCCAACCAUAUUAUGCGGAAAUGCAUUUUUGGAGUUCUCAAACAUAAGACCAGGGUCCUUUGCACCCACAGGACAGAGUUUCUGGAGAAGGCCGAUGCCUUGUUGCUGAUGGACAAUGGCAGGAUAGUUAAGACAGGCACACCAGCUGAUAUCCUGCCACUUGUUGAAGCCUUCCCCAAGUUCAAGGAUACAGACAAGGGGGAUAAGGAUAAAGCCCCUAAUGAACAGGGACGGGAAGAGGCCAUAAAGACAGAGGCAGAAGAACCAACCCAAAACAAUUAUCUCAUCCACAAGGAGGAAGAGAAGAAAGAAGGGGCAGUGGCUUUUCAGGUGUACAAGGCCUAUUGGAUGGCAAUGGGCAGCUGCUUAGCAAUAUCAAUCCUCUUCUCACUGUUCCUGAUGCAAGCAUCCAGAAAUAUCUCAGAUUGGUGGCUGUCAUACUGGAUCUCCAGCAUAUCCCAGACAGCAAAUACCUCUGUGAUGGCCUGCUCAGCUUCCCUGCCUUCCCCAGAGCUGCUUCUCUUCUCCACUGCUGGGCUUGUUUCCCCCAUUCAAGAUCUGGACAAGACCCCAGCCCCUCCCAACGGCUCAGUGGAUGUGAAUUUCUACCUGAUAGUUUAUGGGAGCAUUGCAGGGGCCAAUUCCCUCUUCACCAUUACUCGGGCAUUCCUCUUUGCUUGUGGUGCUCUCCGUGCUGCCACUGUCAUUCACAACCGACUGCUCCAAAGGGUUCUAAAGGCCACAGUCACCUUCUUUGACACCACACCAACAGGCCGGAUCCUGAACCGCUUCUCCUCCGACGUGUACUGCGUGGAUGACAGCCUGCCAUUUAUGCUCAACAUCUUCCUAGCCAACAUCUACGGGCUCUUGGGCAUGCUGGUGGUAAUGACCUAUGGCCUCCCUUGGAUUGGCCUGGUCCUGCUCCCUCUGGCUGUAGUCUACUUCUUCGUUCAGCGCUAUUACCGAUUCACGUCCCGGGAGCUCAAGCGCCUCCAGAGCAUCACCUUGUCUCCCAUUUACACCCACUUCUCAGAGACCCUCUCAGGACUGAGCACUAUCCGAGCCAUGCGGGCAGCAAAGAGGUUUGAGUUGGAGAAUCAGCUGCAUCUGGAGCAGAACCAGCGCUGUCUCUUUGCCAGCAAAACAGUGAUGGAGUGGCUGGACAUCCGCUUGCAGAUGAUUGGGGUUGCUGUGGUUACUGCUAUAGCAGGGAUUGCCAUCAUCCAGCACCAGAAGCAGCUGGGAAAUCCAGAGAUGAUGAUGGUGAGUGUGGAGCGGACAGAGGAGUACACCACAGACAUCCCCAUGGAGCCUCAGGAUAAAUUGGUCCAGGUUUCUGCUGACUGGCCAAGUGAAGGGCUUGUGGAGUUCCAGCAGGUGGUCCUGGCAUACAGACCAGGCUUGCCUAAUGCACUUGAUGGUGUGAGCUUCACUGUUUACCCUGGAGAGAAGCUGGGCAUUGUGGGUCGCACAGGAUCUGGGAAAUCCACCCUUUUCUUGGCCCUUUUCCGUAUGAUGGAGAUGAAAUCAGGCCAGAUUCUCCUCGAUGGUGUUGACAGCCAGCUGGUGGGCUUGGAGGAGCUGAGAUCUAGGCUGGCCAUCAUCCCGCAGGAUCCAUUUUUGUUCAGUGGCUCAAUCAGAGAAAACCUGGACCCCCAAGGAAAACAGACGGAUGCUGAGCUCCGCGAGGUGCUGGAGCAGUGCCACCUGUGGGAUGCUGUUACUCAGAUGGGUGGAUUGGACAGCGAGCUGGGAGAGAGGGGAAAGAGUCUGUCUGUGGGACAGAGGCAGCUGGUGUGUCUGGCCAGAGCCAUCCUGACGCAGGCCAAGGUGCUGUGCAUCGAUGAGGCCACAGCCAGUGUGGAUCAGAAGACAGACCAGCUGCUGCAGCAGACCAUCCGCCAGCGCUUCGCUGACAAAACUGUUUUGACAAUUGCUCACAGGCUGAACACCAUCCUGGACUCAGACCGCGUGCUGGUGAUGCAAGCUGGGAGAGUGGCAGAGCUGGAUUCACCCGCCCGCCUAAGCCAGAAAGAUGGAUCCUUGUUCCAGAACCUCCUGCACAGCAGGCAGCUAUGAUCUCCCUCCUGGGCUCAGCCCAGGCAGCCCUUCCAGCAGGGUGCCUGGCUUUCCUUGCACCUCAGACACCAGCCCUGUCCCUGCAGCGCCAGGAGCUGCUGAGGUGAGGGAGGAGCUUGUUCCUGCCUGCAGGCAGCAGCUGUGUGUCCUCAGGGACAGGAGUAUGGCACUGUGGCCUUUCCUUUAGUAGGGAAGAUGUGACCUGCUGUUUAGAAUUAUGCAAGCCUGGUUGGUGGAAUCCUGCUCCUCUCCAAGGCUUCCCUUUGAGAUUUCAGAGGGAUUUUCUACUCACUGAAGAAUCAGGAACUCUUAGUUUGAGACUUAGUCUGACAUAUACAAUGUAAAAUAAAGUGGAAAUAUGCUUGUGA